UUAUAGGUUUCAGUUCAGUUUCGUUUCAGUCACAUUUGAAUUCGUUCGUGCCUCGUGGAGAAGAGAGAAGAAGAAAUAUAAUGAUACAUCUGAGCAGAUUCCCACUGAUGCUGCUGCUGGUUUUCUGCCUGAACUCAGAGAGCUGCCAGGGCUCAGUUGAAAGUUUUGUUGGAAGAAACAUCAAACUUCCCUGCAUCUAUGAGUCUCCAGCAGAAGAAGAGUUCAACGUCUACUGGAGGGACGAAGAUGACCUGGUUGUCCUAGACAUCAAGAAGAAUUCACCAGAUACCAAGUAUCAGGAUGAGAAGUAUCAAGGUCGAGUGUUCAGCUUCCCUGAAGAGUACAAGAAGGGGAACUUCUCCAUCCUCAUGACGAACCUGCAGAAGAACGACACGGGCACUUAUGAGUGUUACGUCAAGACAGUGUCGUAUCGUCGGAUAGUCGACCUGACGGUUUCAGAUCGACCUGCAGAAAGAAAAACUGAUCCUCCGUCAGGUGGAGCAGCAGGACUGAAGGAACUCCCACUGGUCGUCCUCUCUGCUCUCUGUCUGCUGCUCUGCUUCUAGAGGAGGAGAAGAAGAGGAGGAGGAGAAGAGGAGGAAAAAGAAGAAGAUGAUGAAGAAAAAUGAAAAGAGGAAGAAGAUGAAGAAAAAGAGGAAGAAGAUGAAGAAAAAGAGGAAGAAGAUGAAGAAAAAGAGGAAGAAGAGGAAGAGGAGGAAGAAGAAGAAAAAGAUGAAGAUGAAGAUGAGGAAGAAGAAGAUCUCUAAUGACCCGUCUGUAGGUCGAUUUAUUAAUAUGUCACAUAUAUUUACUUUAGUAAUAUCCCAAAGGGAAGAGUUGUAGAAAUGCAGCUGUAAACAGCUGCAUGUGUACCUGAGCACUUUAUUUGUUGGUGUUAACGUUAUCUGUGUGUUGAGGAAUGUCUGAACUGGAAAACCAGUUCAGAAGUCCGCUUUGUGGUAUAGUGAGUUUUUAUUCAGUAGCCGGCGGUGAGCACAUCUACACAGACCAAAGUCUGGUUGAAAUGCUGACCCAGAGUGGCUCGACGACAAGACUUUCAUACCGUAAAUUUAAGACGCAAAAGGCAGGGAAUACACAAGCCAAGUGACAGACGAAAAGUAAUUUACAGUUGGAUGUGAUCUGUGGCCAAAUGUCCCCACCGGGCAUUUGGCAUGACUGUCACUAAGUUCCAAAUCACCCCAUGGGUGCUCUAGUGUUCCAAGUCUGUUUGAGGCAACUUCCAAGGUGUCGUCUUCUGCAAGGGUUUCAGGAAACUGGAACUUGCAUGACAAUGGGUCAAGCGGGGUUUGAGGCUGGGGCAAUCUGCAAAGCGUAGUUGUCCCUGCAGGGGCCACGUGCUGUCAAAAUGCUUCAUCAUGUGAUAUUAAUGACUGGACUGCUGCAUUAUGAACCUUUUAGUGACUUUAUCUCAACCUAGAGCGUCUCUUGUGUUUACAGGUUUUUACAUUUAUAUUAUGUUAUUCUGCAUUUCAAAAGAAAACCCGACCACAUGUGGAUUUUCAGCUGGAUCAGCCCUCUGGAGGAUCAGGAUCAGAUCUGAGAUGUUUCCCACUAGGGCUGAAACCAUUUGAUUUGAUUUGAUUUAUUUUAUUGUUGUACAUGUAAAAAAAAAGAAACAACACUUCAUGAGAAGUUUAAGAAAACAACAACAAAACAAAACAAAGAAUUUCAUACUUUAAAACCUGCUAUCUUGAUUUACAUGUGCCAAAAAAGGAGUAGGAAGAAGUGUAAACUUAUUUAGUCCUAAAACCAUUCACUGAUCAUUUAACCUGUUUUUAUAAAUAUUCACACACUGAACUCACACUGCUAAAUAACAGUAUUAUUAUUAUUAUUAUUAUUAUUAUUAUUAUUAUUAUUAUUAUUAUUAUUAUUAUUAGGGCCCGAGCACUGAAAGUGCGAGGACGCUAUUGUAUCUGUGAUGUUUAUUAUUAUUAUUAUUAUUAGGGCCCGAGCACUGAAAGUGCGAGGACCCUAUUGUAUCUGUGAUGUUUAUUAUUAUUAUUAUUAGGGCCCGAGCACUGAAAGUGCGAGGACCCUAUUGUAUCUGUGAUGUUUAUUAUUAGGGCCCGAGCACUGAAAGUGCGAGGACCCUAUUGUAUCUGUGAUGUUUAUUAUUAUUAUUAUUAUUAUUAUUCUCGCCGUAAAUAAAUUGCCUUUUUGGAGGCCUUAAAAUGCUCAAAAACUCACCAAAUUUUGCACACGCUUCCAGAGUCGCGUAAAAUUACGUAUUUUAUGGGCGACAGGCAUGGGUCCACAAGAAUGGGCUCUAUAGCGCCACCUAUUUUAUGUUUUUUGACGAGCCCCACAAUAUGGUUUGACUUACAGCAAUGACCUUUAUGUGUGUAUUAUAUUAGACAAAGAGCUACAUAAAAGUCUCUUGGACCCAUGGUCUAAGUUACACAGGAAGUCCGGCAUUUUGAACAGAAAAUGUCAUUUUUCAUGAAUUCUGAUCAUUUCUAGGCCUCGUACUUUAACGAACUCCUCCUAGAGAUUUUAUCGAAUUGGCUCACAACUUGGUUUGUACAAUCUAGACACAUGGCCGACGCUAAAUUGCAAAGCUUUUAAGUUUCUGCCAGAGGGCUUGACCGUAGUCAUUCGGCGAAGUUUGAGGUCAUUUUUAAGCCUCGCCAUGAAACAUCAAUUGGCUGUAAUUCAGCAAUACAUUAUUUUAUGUGGCCGAAAACGUAUGUGCAUGAUUCUAGACUGAGCCUGAAGACAUCUAUGGUGGAAUAUUCAGGAUCGGUUGUAGCGCCACCUGUUGGCACCAGGAAUUGUCAUGUCUUCUAGUUUGCAUCUGUGCUCCAAGCGAGAUGAGAUUAAUGAUCUCAAAGUUGGUCAGAUAAUAGGUAAGACAUUGACGAUGACUGACAGAGAAAACUGUACGUUCUUAUCGAAGGGCGUGGCCGUUAGAGGUAGUCAAAUUUCUGUGUCUCGCCAUGAACAUAAAAGUUGUUGUAACUUAAACAUAAUUGGUCAGAAUUAACCCAAAAUCAAUACAUGUAAUCAGGCUUCCAUUCUGAACAAGUGGAUAUGACAAUCUUGGAUUGAAAUCCAUAGCGCCACCUUUUGGUCAGGUAUACAUUUUUCAUCAAAUUAUGUGCUGUCAUUGCUGUUUCAUUCAUCCAAUCACAAUGAAAUCGACACAUAUUAUUGUCAUAAGCGUCCUUAUUAACUGUGUUGAGUAUCGUGGUCAUAACUUGAAGGGAACUGCCAUUUUACGUCACUCUGAAUUUUUUGGUAAAAUAAUCAUUUAAAAUCAUAGGCUUGGUCUUAAGACAAUAAAAUGUCAGAUUUAGAUACAUUUCGACAUGACUAAAAAAUCAUACGCUGGUACAUAUCGCUUUUGAAGAACUUUGUAACUCUCUUUUUCCAAAAAUUUAUUCAUAUACAAUUAAAUCAUAUUUUUGUCAUGCCAUGUCCAAUUAACUUCGUAAACUUCGUAAAAAUAUUGUUUACUGUGAUGUGAAAAUAUAUUUUUGGCAUUAAGGUGCGUAAAACGCACGAUUGGUAAUGAAUAUUUAUUUAAAUCCAUUGGAUUUAAAGCAAGCUGGCUCUGUGUGCCGGCCAGUCCUGCAGCGGAGCGGAGGCCGA